AUGAAGCUUCUCUUGACCAGCAUCUUCCUCGUCGGCCUCGCCGCCGUGACCGUCUGCGCCAUCCCCGUGGCAGUCGGCGUGCACUCCACGGCUUCUGCCGCGGCCAUUGACGACGCCGCAGCCAAGCUCGACGCCCUGACGCAAAGGGUCGAGGGGCUGAGUGCUUCUAUCAACCACACCGUCGCGUCCAUGCCCGCCGCGACCGACACCGACAAGGACAAGGUCGCGCAGGCCGUGGCGCCGCAGCUGCAGCAGCUCGAGGCGGCGCUGAAGGAGACAACGGACCUGAUCAAGAGCAACGGCAAGCGCCGCGAUGUUGCCAAUGUGCAAAGUGCUGCCUGCUCCGACUCGUGCCUGACGGGGAAGGCCAGCGGGCUCGUGACCAUGAUUACCGGCACCGUGUCCGGGCUGGUCGGGUGUCUUGGUGUUUCCCGCGUCACGACGCUCAUUGGCCCCGUGCUCGGCGCCCUCAACGGCCUGCUCACCUGCCUCGACGGCCUCGUUUCGGGGCUGCUGGCGACUGUUACCGGCCUCCUGUCGAAUCUCCUCGGCGGCCUCGGGCUCGGUAGUCUGCUGAGUGGCCUGCUCGGUGGGUUGCUUGGUGGUCUGCUUGGUGGUGGUGGUGGGCUCGGCGGGCUUCUGGGCGGGCUGAGUGAGGGUCCUGCUCAGGCUUAG